ACCUCUAGCACAAAGGGAGGAGUAUGCCGAUAUGAAAUUGUACACGUAUUGCACAACCGGCAAUAUAUUUCUGUGCAGUGAAACGAGUCGAAAACCCGGAUAAGUUUUUAAACUUUACUGUUCUGGUUUCGAACUUAGAUCAGGUAUCAUUUGUGGAUUGGAAUCUUGUAUGAUGGGAAAACGCUGCGAUACGUACGAUGCCACAUUGGAUAAAGUCGGUUACAAUUACUGUGCGUACGGUUGCUGUGAAACCGAGUGUUGCCAACGACCAAUGAACACGAUCAAACCAACUCCGAGAUUACCCACGUGGAACUGGAAUCAAUUGAUCACGAACAAACCAAUGACGAGACCGAAAACUCCGAAAAUACCCACGUGGAACUGGAAUCAAUUGACCACGUACAAACCAAUGACGAUACCCAAAACUCCGAGAUUACCCUCGUACUGGGAUCAUUACACAAUUCCGGACCUACAUUUCACCGUGAAGCCUCCACAUUACGUCGCCCCAUACCAUUCAUCCGAUCAAAACGCAGUGGCAAUAGGACCAAUAUUCGGUGGGAUCGGUGGAUUUAUAUUUUUGAUUAGUUUGGUUUCUUGCUGCCUCCGUCUCAAUCGCCGUAAAUACCGUGACCCAAUCAACAGAUAUGUGGAUGUAGAAUGUGCUCAAGGUCAAACCAGGCCGUAUAAUGGGUAUAACCAGCCAGGUGCACCGAUAAGUCGCCCCACAGAUCUUCCAAGAAACGUAGAGUCUUCAAACCAAACGGACCGUGCCCCGAUACGUCGCUCUUCUGAUCCUCCAAGAAACGUCGAUGACACAAACCAGACGGGCCGCGCAGCUACUCGACUGCUUUUCAUUACAGACCAAAAUCCCAAUUUAAGGGUUGGUGACGUCAUUCGUUUCCCAAAUUUAAGGUCUGCGCCGGCGAAUGGUAAUGACAAUACUGAGCGGGAUGCAAGAACCCUAAUACAUUCGGCCGGCCGGAGCAGCUCUGAUAGACAAACGAAUGAAGAAGUAACAAAUGGUCAAACGCCGCCCAAUGGGGAAGACAACCAAGCUGCAGACGUAUUACAGUCCGAACAAACUGUGUCAAACACUGACAACUUGACUGACCAUAAUCCACGAUCCGAGCUUCAGUCUGUGCAGCAGACUGAUGCCGCGGCAAGUGGCCAAGAGACCAGAAAUAGAGGGCCUAUUGAGUUUAUCAUUAUAACGCCACGGUUUCGUGCACAGCCCUCUCAGACGAGCGACCAAGCUCGCCCAGCUGACUGUAUAAUGGACAUAAAGCCUGAAUCUCCGAACACCCGUAGAGCGGGACUUCCAUGGCCCUAUGUGGCUGGCACAAAUACCCCUCAGUCGGAUACUACAGAAGGUGCAUGUGAAGAUCCCGGGUUCACAUGUCCAGGUUUAACGUCUAUGUGGGACAAAGAGAAACAAUAGAAGCCUAUAUUGCCAUGUAUCUGUGUUGAUAUGCGACAGCCGUCAACGCCAUGUGAAGCUAGGUUGAUAUCAAGAAGUGUUAAUAUUUUACACUU